AUGACUGAAUUCGUCUUCGGCAAAGGGUCUAAUUUAAUAGGUAAGCCGAAGAACCGGGUAUUGAUUCCGAUGGCAGAGAUAUCACUCGACUGGCUGGCAGUGCUAUACUAUCUGCAGCUUCCUUGUCCCGAACUUUUAACAAGUUUCUUAUUCAAGUCUGUGAAUCGUCGCCAUGGUAUCUUCAUUAGAUAUAUUAAGUCCAAUUUGAAAGAUCGUCAUGGUCUCAGCCCCGAAGAUCUUGGUGGAGACGUUUUCUCCCAUUUGCUGUUCAGUCGUGACAGUUAUUCUGGGGAGAAAUCGAACGCUGAGGAAAUCCAAUCGGAGUGUCGACUCCUGUCUGCUGCAGGAUUUGACACUCUUUCAACUACAUUAUGCGCUACAAUUUUCUACCUCAGUCACUACACCCAUCCCUACACUCUUCUAGCAAAUGAAAUUCGAACCAAUUUUCGAUCUAGCGCAGAUUUCCAACGAGGGGAGAGGUUAAAGGGGUGCAAAUACCUCAAUGCAUGUAUCGACGAGUCGCUGCGAAUAUCACCCCCAAUAUGCACGUCCGCCCGAGGGAGACUGAGGAGGGAGGUGAGAUAA